AGUGCUAAAUCCCGUUCUAGCUUUUCGCGGCGAGGACAGAGGAGCCCGUCAGCAAUUCGACCUACACACAUCCGUUAUCUUCCAUUUGCCCAAGACACUUUCAGGUUAAUUUCGAACGAAUUGAUGAUUCAUAGCGGCAUAUCUCGCGUCAUCAGUCGCCAGGAUGUGGCAACCUUUUGUGCUGGAGAAGUGACCAUGGGCAAGCUGAAAGAACUGGCGAUUGUGUAUCACUGUAGAACAUCUAGUGCUUGGGAUGGCGAUUUAGCCCUCUCUGUUACACACAAUGCAAAGAGAGGUUCGACCAACGCCAUAAUCUUCGGUACCGAUCCCGAAAAUGAAGAUGAAAUUGUCGGCAGACUCAGCUUCUCCUCCAAAGCUUCACAGCACCCAUUCCUUCUUCCGGGAAUAUUUGCCGAGAUAGAGAGAGAAAGGCAGCUGAAACGACUAGUUGGAAAUAUCCAAGUCGAGCUGGAAAAAGUGAUUUUGGACGUGAGCUCUCAGGGCGAAAGUCAAAGCAAUCAAGAUUCUACCCAGCACACUAUUGACCUUUGGCUUGAUACCACGGAGCUCCGGAACGGACUAGUCAACUGGAAGAAGCAGCUGGAAGAAAUGCUGCUCCAUAUCGAAGAGAUGGCCGGAAAAUACUCCUCAUCAAGAGUCUUGCAUCAGCCUGCCGCAUCUAGCAGUGCUGAUGCAAAUACGGAUGUGAUGCAGCAGCAAGCAAAAGUGAAUGACAAGAUCAGAAACCGAUUGAGGUCGAUAAUACAUGAGUACGAUGAGAUGAUCAGAGACUGUACGAUGAGACUAGAUGGAAUGUCAAUGGCAAAUCAGCUCUCUCAUGCAAAAACAAACAUGCAGAUUGCAAUCGAAACCAAACUAGAUGGAAAACGUAUUCAAAACAUAUCCAUUUUCUCAAAGGUCUUUUUACCCAGCAUGUUUGUCGCGCGUUCUGAUACUCGGUGGAUACUACCUUCUGUCCACACGGCUAGCCUGUCUUCGCAGUGCGCACCAGAAAUCUCGGAAGUGGUUGUCGAUGGUUUAACUCGAACUACAUGCGCCUUGGUGGGAAGAAAUUACUACUACUUUGAUUAUGCAUUUCAUGGCAUGUUUUCUUGUCGAACCAAAGGCAGAACCUUGGAGGAUAUGGUUGAGAUCUUUGGUGUGUCCGUCUACUCGAGCAAGGCCAUGAUCGAAGGUCAUUACUAA